AUGAGUGAUAAAGGAUUUACGAGUAAUCAAGGAUAUCCUUCGCAACAACCCCAACAGGCACAGCAAGGGUACUAUCAACCAACACCACAACCACAACCAAUUAUCAUUCAGCAACAACCCCAAAAAAAGAGUAAUACUAGUUCACUUUGUUUAGGAUGGUAA